AUGUUUCCCUGGACCCUGCGCCACCUACCGGGACCCCACCAGGAGAUAUUUAGGCACUACAAGGCAGUGCGGGGCUUCAUCCAUCAGGAAAUCAUCAGGCACAAGCUCAUGGGGCCUGAGGCCCCCAAGGACUUCAUCAGCUGCUACCUGGCCCGGAUCACCGAGGCUGAGGACGACCCUGUCUCCACGUUCAGCGAGGAGAACCUGAUCCAGGUGGUGAUCGACCUGUUUCUGGGAGGCACUGACACCACGGCCACCACCCUGCGCUGGGCGCUCAUCUACAUGGUCCAGCAUGAAGCCGUCCAGGAGAGGGUGCAGCAGGAGCUGGACAUGGUGCUGGGCACUGCCCAGGCCGUCCGCUACGAAGACCGUGAGCGACUGCCCUACACCCGCGCCGUCCUCCAUGAGGUGCAGCGCCUCAGCAGCGUGGUGGCCGUGGGCGCCGUGCGCCACUGUGUGACUUCUACGCGAGUGCGCGGCUACCCUGUGCCCAAGGGCACCAUCGUUUUGCCCAACCUGGCCUCUGUGCUCUAUGACCCUGAGUGCUGGGAGACCCCCCGAGAGUUCAAUCCCAGCCAUUUCCUGGACAAAGAUGGAAACUUCGUGGCCAACGAGGCCUUCCUCCCAUUCUCUGCAGGACAUCGGGUGUGCCCGGGGGACCAGCUGGCUUGAAUGGAGCUCUUCCUGACGUUUGCCACCCUCCUCAGGACCUUUCAGUUCAAGCUGCCCGAGGGGAGCCCGGGGCUCCGGCUGGAGUAUGUCUUUGGGGGCACGCUGCAGCCCCAGCCCCAGGAGAUCUGUGCAGUGCCCCGCCUGAGCAGCCCCAGCUCAGGGCCCAGGGAGAAGAGCCUGUAGCCAGCGGCGGGGUCCAGAGGCCUGUUCCCCACCAGCUUCUUCCCCUGUCUCUCUCUGCUCCUGAAAAGUUAGAGAGGAAAAACAGGGCUCACCCAGCCCAUCUCCUGCUUCUCUCAUCCACGCUCCAUGGACAUCAGGCUUGUCAAGCUCUACAAGGUAGCUCGGUUCUUAGGGUAGCUGUGGUCUGGCAGAAAGGGAUCUUACAAAGUCAUUCAGAUGACGUUUAAUUUUGGAAAUCAAACCUCACAAAAUGGAA